UGCCGGCGCGAUGCAGCCGCCCCAAGGACGUGCCCAACGCGCGCAUCGACGUGGACACCACGCUGCUCCACGCCUACCUGCGCUACACCUGCAACCCGGGCUACAAGCGCAAAGCCGGUACCUCCAGCCUCAUCCAGUGCAUCCUCCGUGAGGGCUCCACCGAGCCCGACUGGACCGAUACCACGCUGCAAUGCAUCCGGGACCCGGCUCUACCUCCGCAAACCCCCAGCCCCGAGCUCCCGACCGAGAGGAUGACCCAGACGGGAACCACCGACACCAGCCCGACCUCCAGCCCCUCUCCAGCAGCAACGCCCAGGCUACCGGGAGCUGCCAGCCGGUCACCCGUGCCACCAGCGACUGAUGGGCCACCACCAGAGAUGUCCACGCCACCAGAGAUGCCCCCACCGCUGCAGACAGCCACACCGGGAGAGGGGACAUCUCUGGGGACAACCCCACUGCCCACCGACCCCACGGACCACGCUGCAGGGCCCGUUCGGCUCUUUGCGGAGCUGGUUGGUUUGAGCCGGGCCACGCGUUGGAAGAUGCUCAUCAGCCACCACGUCCUCUCCCGCAGGGCUCCCGGUGCUGGUGGUUACUGGUGUCGUGGCCUGCUGCUGCUGGAGGAUGAAAAG